AUGGCAAGCGUCUUAUUCUGCACAGCGAGUGGAACCGAGAAAGUGGUGAACGAACUGGUAGAACACACAAAGACUCUACAUCCUCGUAAUGGUGGCGGAUUCUCUUGGAGUCUUGUAAAGACCCGGGACCAAAAGGACAUCGAGUUGAUUACAUCUACGCCGAUUCCGGAAUUCAGUACGGGUUUUCUUGGAAAUUCAUACAAGGAACUUGGCGAAUAUUUCAAAACCCGAGUUCCGGAUAUUAGUGGGCGUCCAGAAUUUUACAACCAGGAGUCGUUCGUCGUUAUUGACGACCGAAGCCUCAUAGACAAGUCCGUACUUCUCGUUGAUUGGUGGGUAGAGACACCAAAAGAAGACUUGAUCGGUUAUGGAGACGACAAGGAGACCUUGAAGGGCUGGCUUCCUACCGGGUGGCAUUCUAUCAGAGUGAGAUUAGAGGACGCACCCGCAAUAUGCGCAGGGAUAUCGCUCAGUUAUGAUUACUGGUUUGUUCAGCGUUCUGGUCCUGAAAACUUCACUGAAGAUGGCGUUUUGAUAAUGAAUGAGGCGGAUGUACCAAAGUUUGCAAAGUAG